AUGCUCUCGGCCUCUCGCCCUCCUUCAUCUAAUCCCGAUCGCCUCGAUAUGAGAGGACGUGCACCACUGCAAGUCCCCUCGGGGCUUCAAAAUGGUCAUUCUCGCAAUCCCUCGAGCCUCGACAUGGCUCGCAGCCCGCCCAACCCGAGCAAUAAGAAUACCAAACAUGUUCCCUGCAAAUUCUUCCGUCAAGGUGCCUGCCAGGCAGGCCCCGCUUGUCCAUUCCUACACUCUACCGACUCGACCAUUGAUUAUGCUCCCUGCAAAUACUUUUCCAAGGGAAACUGCAAGUUCGGCGCCAAAUGUGCUUUAGCACACAUUCUACCAGAUGGACGGAGGGUGAAUCGACCAACUGGUGGUUCCGGAGGAGGAGGGGCUGGUAUGGGAAUUGGGGGUAGCCACUUGAACUUAGGAGGCCGGGUCAACCCGCAGGCCUACGUGAACCAGGACUCGGCCUUGACAAAUUCGGUUCUUUCGCAGCAACGGAUGAAUGGCCAGGAAACGCGAUAUGCUCCACAGCCAGAAGAUUUUCCUACUGUGCAUGGGCAGCAAGUACCGCCAUACGAUUCGAUUCCAACAAUCGACGCAGGGGUGGCCUCCGAUGCCGGCUCGAAGUAUGGUUCUCCGGUGGAGGAUGUCCGCUUCCCCAUGUCACCUAAUCACCACCACCUGACCGCCCUUGACGCAGCACUUCCUGCAUCUUUCGAUAGUCAAGGUAUAUCUCAUGUCGCUAGAUACGGCCCAGUUGCGGCUUCAAUGCCAUCGAAGUUUGGUCUGGAAUUGUCUUCUCCGCCCGCCCAGAGACCUGGGCCCGCGGAUGCCUUUCGGAACCUGCGUGACAUUGGCUUCAGCUCUGAUCGUCGCAAGCCAUUCUCCAACAUCGGAUCUUCGCCUCCAGCGCCCGAUGAAAAUGUGGGACCUCGAUUCUUACACUCAUCGCGUCCCGUCAAGCCACGCAUGCUAUCCGCAAGCGUCCCUCGUCCUACUGCUCUCGAUGAUUGGGAUGAAAAUUUCCCCAUGGAAGAAGAUUACCUGCCAAUGAACUUACAUGAUGAUGUUCUUACUCCACAGGAAAAGCUUCGCCGACUGUCUCGGACAGAUCAUGAUAUCAGUGGUCUCGGCAUGAGCAGCAGCUUUUCCAAGAAUGGCUCGCCUUUAGCAUCAAGCCCCUCCCGGUUUGGGGCCUUGUUUGCCAAACAGCGCCAAAAGAAGGAUGACGAUGGCAUUGCCCCGUCCUCGUUCUCUCACAUCGGCUCUCCUCUCCGUGAAUCCGCAUUCAACGCUACGGCCAGCCCCAGUCUAGGCCCUAUCGGCAGCCGAGCUUCUUACGAUGGCUCACCAUUCGUCUCUAGUCCCGGAAGACAGUCGUCCUUCUCUAUGAUCUCCGAGCAGCUCGGCGGCAUGUCGCUUCACCCAGGUUCUGCUCGACAUUCCUCCGUGGCUCCAGGCCGCCUCGACCGAACCAUCUCCUCGGGUACGACCAGCAAGAUCGAGGAAGAAGAGGAACAAAAUGACCUUGUAUUUUCCAUGGAAGAGGAAGAAGGCAAUAAGCGUAACAGCUCCUCUUGGAACUCCGACGAGACCAAGGAGAGCUCCAACGACGCCUAA